AUGCAGAGAGCGAGGCUGCUGCUGGGCUGCUGUGUCUCGUCGUGGAAGCCAGUGAGGAUGGCCAGCUCCAGGGUGGCGCGCCAGGCCCCGCAUGCGAAUAAAGUGGCCCUGGUAACGGGCUCCACCGACGGGAUUGGCUUUGCCAUCGCCAGGCGUCUGGCCCAGGAUGGGGCUCAUGUGGUGGUGAGCAGCCGAAAGCAGCAGAACGUGGACCGGGCUGUGGCAAUGCUGCAAGGAGAGGGGCUGAGUGUGACAGGCACUGUGUGCAACGUGGAGAAGGCCCAGGACCGGGAGCAGCUGGUGGCCACAGCUGUGAAGCUUCAUGGGGGCAUUGACAUACUGAUCUGCAACGCUGGUAUCGUGCCUUUCUUUGGAAACAUAAUAGAUGCCACCGAGGAGAUAUGGGACAAGCUUCUGGACACUAAUGUGAAGGCCACAGCCCUGCUGACAAAAGCAGUGGUGCCAGAGAUGGAGAAACGAGGAGGCGGCUCAGUGGUGAUCAUAUCCUCCAUAGCAGCCUACAUUCCGAUACGUGGCCUGGGCCCUUAUGCUGUUACUAAAACAGCCUUGCUAGGCCUCACCAAGAACCUGGCCAUGGACCUGGCCCCAAGGAACAUUAGGGUGAACUGCCUGGCGCCAGGAAUCAUCAAGACUGAAUUGAGCAGAGUGGUGAGGAGGGGGAGAGGCCCGGCCGGACUGAUUUUUACUCCCUUGUUUUACCUAUUCUCCAGGUUAGGCAAGCCGGAGGAUUGUGCAGGCAUUGUCUCUUUCCUGUGCUCUGAAGAUGCCAGCUACAUCACUGCAGAGACAGUGACAGCGGGUGGAGGGCUCCUAGCUUGCCUCUAAGUACCUGGAAGGUGCCUGCCAGGGCAGAGAUUGGCCUCCAACUCUUUGUCUGUUUCAAGCAUUCAUUAACUGGCCUUUCCCACCUCUGUCUAGCAUACUGCUCACCUUAUACACCACCCCCAAAAUCAAUUCUGCCCUGUAAAAAAGAUCCAGCCUUCUCUAAGGUCAAGGUGUCAU